AUGGCUGCGUUCAAGAAAUCCAACAUCUGCUGGUGUAACUUUCAACCAAAUUCCUAUAGAGAUAUAGAGAAGAAGAUGCAAAAUUAUUGUCCAUUAAAUGCCAAAAAUGAAUUCAAGCUUAGCUGUCCCCAGAGCUCCCGAGAUCUACUGGUUGAAAUCAAACCGAAGAAGCCUCAAGUUGGUGAUAAAGACGUCUACGAAAUUUGCUGUAGGCGCAGAAAAAGAAAGCCAGAGUAUAUUCAAGAGGUGAAAAAGUUUACCGGAAGAGAAAGUCGAUCUAUUCUGCCUGAAUUAAAAUCCCAUUCGUACGACAAACCUACAUUUAUAGCCCAAAGAAGUCUGACUUUCGCCCAAGGACCAGCAAUAGUUAAAAGAGAAAAACCCAAAUGGCACGAGGAGCACGAAAAAAAGCUUAAAGAAAGAGCCAAUGAGCAGGAUUUGGAAAAGCAGAAAAUCCUUAUGCAGAAUCUUACCAAUAAAAGAGAAGGGCUGGACAAGUUUCAGCGUCACUUUGACUUUAACAAAACUCAGAACGUUCGUCGAUACCUGCAAUGGGAACAGAAGAAAGAUAGUCCUUAUCGUACCUCAACCGGAAAUACUUCAAGAACAGUGAAACCGGAAAAUAUAAAGGAUCAGAAACUUGAUAAGCAGAAUAUGAUGAAGAAACGUGAAGGGCUGGACCAGUUUCAGCGUCUAUUUGACUUUAACAAAGCUCAGAACGUUCGUCGAAACCUGCAAUGGAAACAGAAGAAAGAUAGUCCUUAUCAAACCUCUUCAAAAACAGUGAAACCGGAAGCGAAAUUGGAAAAGGAAAAUGAGCAGAAACUUGAUAAGCAGAAUAUGAUCAAGAAACGUGAAGGUCUGGACAAGUUUCAGCGUCUAUUUGACUUUAACAAAGCUCAGUACGUUCGUCGAAAUCUGCAAUGGGAACAGCAGAAGAAUCGACAAAGCUCCAAAGAUCGCAGUGUUUCGCGACCUUCUCACAAAAUUCCGGUGGUCAAAGAGUCCCAAGCAAGUCUACUAAAGCGUAAAAAAAAGCCGCCCGGUGAUCCACCGCAAAAAAACUCCAUCCGAAACAGUAAUUUUGAUCAGAUAUCGGUUCAGUCCGGCAUUCGAAAGAUAAAGCUAAAAAAGUUCUAUCACUACAUAAAAAACUCCAAGCCGGAUCAGAAAAUAUGGAGUAAAAUGAACUCCAAGGAUCCGAUUUCAUACCUGAAAAGCGAUAAGAGUUUUUUCUAUCACAAGUCAUUUAGUCAAACCUCAUCGGAUAAGAACUUGCAUAUUUCCAGGUCUGUGAUCAGCACAACGAAUAUUUCCAACUCUACGCAUGGGAAGAUGAGGGAGUCGAAGGAGGAGGAGGUGCCCCGAGAUACGGACGCGUACUUAUUUGACACCAAUUUGGAGGAAAAUUAUGCGCAAAGUGGCAAGAUCGGUGAGAGUCAGGCGCUCAGCUUUCAGAACUUGAGGGAUGAGGUGCGUCAGAAUUUCCUCAAGGAGGAGCGGGCUGCGGUGCAGGCACGUAUACAAGAGCUGAUGAAAGAGGUGGCCAUACGUGAGGACUAUCGCCCCCCAAAACCACCGAAGAAUUUUGUGAUGGAGAACAUUCUCAGGCUUCAAAACAUACGGGUCACGAAAACACCUCACGUAGUAGAGAAAAUAAAUCACCGAGGAAAGUUCCCCACUUUGAGAGAGACACUAACCGUGCCCGAGGACUCUGUAAAUCUUUCAAGAUUAUCCCAAGGAGUGUACAACACGCAACCCCUAAGAAUUCGUCGAUAUUCCGAUAAAUUGGGGAAGAGCCAGCUGGAUAAUAAACAACCUGAGGUUAAGGAAACACCCAUGGCAGAUAAUGCAAAGAAGAAAAGGACUCGGAUUUCAUCCAGAAAGCAAAGGCCCAAAGGCGUCGAAGUGAACUCCGUGCUUAUUACCAUAAAUUGCGAAGAAGGGAACGUGAAGAGGGGAUAUUGUGCCCAACAAAAUGCUUAA